CGCUCAUCUCUGUGAAGACCCAUCAUUCACCAACCAACGGGCGACGUGUACGCGCUGAGAAAAUUGUUUAAUAUAAUUCUAAAAUAUCGCUUUUCGAUUCAGCCAAACGUAAUAUGAAGAUAAUUGUAGUUUCUGCGUUGGUCAUCACGGCCUUAGUGAGCGUGAACACCCAACCAAUCGAAAGCCAAAAAGAAGUGAUUUGCGAGCCCGGAAGCGUCAGUCCCUUCAAAUGCAACACUUGCACGUGUUCCCCGGAUGGAACUGCGGUUUCCUGCACCAGGAAAACCUGUCCGGAUUCUACGGACGAUGAUUUCAACGCGGAUGGUACUCCGAAAGUUCAGCGUCCCUCAAACCCGCUGCUCCGUACCAAGAGAGGCGAAAAAGAAGUGAUUUGCGAGCCCGGAAGCGUCAGUCCCUUCAAAUGCAAUACCUGCACGUGUUCCCCGGAUGGAACUGCGGUUUCCUGCACCAGGAAAACCUGUCCGGAUUCUACGGACGAUGAUUUCAACGCGGAUGGUACUCCGAAAGUUCAGCGUCCCUCGAACCCGCUGCUCCGUACCAAGAGAGGCGAAAAAGAAGUGAUUUGCGAGCCCGGAAGCGUCAGUCCCUUCAAAUGCAACACUUGCACGUGUUCCCCGGAUGGAACUGCGGUUUCCUGCACCAGGAAAACCUGUCCGGAUUCUACGGACGAUGAUUUCAACGCGGAUGGUACUCCGAAAGUUCAGCGUCCCUCGAACCCGCUGCUCCGUACCAAGAGAGGCGAAAAAGAAGUGAUUUGCGAGCCCGGAAGCGUCAGUCCCUUCAAAUGCAACACCUGCACGUGUUCCCCGGAUGGAACUGCGGUUUCCUGCACCAGGAAAACCUGUCCGGAUUCUACGGACGAUGAUUUCAACGCGGAUGGUACUCCGAAAGUUCAGCGUCCCUCGAACCCGCUGCUCCGUACCAAGAGAGGCGAAAAAGAAGUGAUUUGCGAGCCCGGAAGCGUCAGUCCCUUCAAAUGCAACACCUGCACGUGUUCCCCGGAUGGAACUGCGGUUUCCUGCACCAGGAAAACCUGUCCGGAUUCUACGGACGAUGAUUUCAACGCGGAUGGUACUCCGAAAGUUCAGCGUCCUUCAAACCCGCUACUCCGUACUAAAAGAGCAAAGGCAACCGAUGGACAAUUGAAUGACGCGGCUGAAUCCCCCCGUGAAAUUAUUUACAAACAAUCAUUACGAAGCACACGACACGAACAGAUCUGCACACCGGGUUCCAAGGUUGGGGGUAGCUGCGAAAUGUGCAUUUGCUCAAAGGACGGAACAAAGUUAACUUGCACCAGUAAAUCAUGCUCCGAUCCAUCACGCCAGAAACGGAAUAUUACUGUGCCCAAGAAACUAAUCAUGGAUUGCUACUACUGUACCUGUGAGCCAUACGACGGCCAGAUCCUUUGUAGCACAUCCCUUGUUCCUGGUUGUGAUAUGGAAGCUUUUCAUAACAGAACUCGUUCGCAGUGAUUGAUCUUCUUUCCAGACCAUAGCUUACAACAAUAAAACAAAUGAUCUGUAUUUUAAGUGACUAAUUGAAAUUACUCUGAUAUAAUUAAACUUGAAAGAUGA